GGAGCCUGGGGAGGAUCGCGGGAGGCGUGUUUCUCCGGAGUUUGCUUUUCCUCGGGAGCCUCGCGCGCGCGCGCACCGAUGCCUCUGGUCUGGCGACGGGGCUGAGGAGGUGGCGAGCCUCUCUCUGAUCCACCGGACCAUCGCCGGAGGUUUCGGGCUGGGCAAGAUCUCUCCGCAAGGAGCCGGGCUCUGCCGGGGAAGUUUCCCCCAGCCGAGGCAGUGCUGCAGCCCCGGCCACCCGCCACCCUGCGCGCCAUCCUCCUUCUCCAACUCCGGCUCCGUCUGGUCCGGGCGCGGACCUGCCUGCGUCCGAGGAGCUCUAAGGUGAAAGAAAGAAAGGUGUAAAAACGACAUAAUAUAACAUUUCUUCAAAUCCACAUUAGGAUGGAUAGCUUUUGCCUCAUGGCAUCCUUUUGGCUGGCCUUGGUGGGAGGUGUAACCAGUGACAACCCUGAAGGACACAGCACCAAUCUAAGCAGCCAUGUGGAGGACUUCACCCCCUUCCCGGGGACUGAGUUCAACUUCCUGGGUACCACCCGACCCACUAAUUUGGCCCUGCCCAUCAAUGGCUCAAUGCACAGCUAUUGCCCACAGCAGACUAAAAUCACGACCGCCUUCAAGUACAUUAACACUGUGAUAUCCUGCACCAUUUUCAUCGUGGGAAUGGUAGGAAAUGCAACUCUGCUCAGAAUCAUCUACCAGAACAAAUGCAUGAGGAACGGCCCCAACGCGCUCAUAGCCAGCCUGGCCCUCGGAGACCUCAUCUACGUGGUCAUUGAUCUCCCCAUCAAUGUGUUUAAGCUGCUGGCCGGGCGCUGGCCCUUUGACCACAAUGACUUUGGAGUGUUUCUCUGCAAGCUGUUCCCCUUCCUGCAGAAGUCGUCCGUGGGCAUCACCGUCCUAAACCUCUGCGCACUCAGUGUUGACAGGUACAGAGCAGUGGCCUCCUGGAGCCGUGUUCAAGGAAUUGGGAUCCCCUUGAUUACCGCCAUUGAAAUUGUGUCCAUCUGGGUUCUGUCCUUUAUCCUGGCCAUCCCAGAAGCGAUCGGCUUCGUCAUGGUGCCCUUUGAGUACAAGGGGGAGCAGCACAGAACCUGCAUGCUCAACGCCACGUCCAGGUUCAUGGAGUUUUACCAAGAUGUGAAGGACUGGUGGCUCUUCGGGUUCUACUUCUGCAUGCCCUUGCUGUGUACGGCCGUCUUCUACACCCUCAUGACCUGUGAGAUGCUCAACAGGAGAAACGGCAGCUUGCGGAUCGCCCUCAGUGAACACCUCAAGCAGCGUCGAGAGGUGGCGAAGACUGUUUUCUGCUUGGUCGUCAUCUUCGCCCUGUGCUGGUUCCCUCUUCACUUAAGCCGCAUCUUAAAGAAGACUGCCUAUGAUGAGAUGGACACAAACCGGUGCGAACUGCUCAGCUUCCUGCUGCUCAUGGAUUACAUCGGCAUUAACCUGGCAACCAUGAAUUCUUGCAUAAACCCAAUAGCUCUGUACUUUGUGAGCAAGAAAUUCAAAAAUUGUUUCCAGUCAUGCCUCUGUUGCUGUUGUCACCAGUCCAAAAGCCUCAUGACAUCAGUCCCCAUGAACGGAACAAGUAUCCAGUGGAAGAGCCCAGACCAGAACAACCACAACACAGAGAGGAGCAGCCACAAAGACAGCGUGAACUAGCCCUCUACGGAAACACCAGCCAGUGUGUCUUCAGGUCCUCGGCGGGGGAAAUGGUCAUACAGCAGCUGGGCCUUCCAAAACCUCCUGAAUUCUCUCUUCUGGUCCCGUUUCAAGUCCAGCCUGAGAAAAGAAAAGCCCUACAGCCUUCCUCCCAACAGCAUGUCGUGGACUGGCUUCCAGCCACAGCCGCUGGGUCCGGCCCGAAUACUGUCUAUGAUUUGCCUACUAUGCCUGUCAUAUCCAACCAUUGAAAAUUACACAAGAGCUGAGAGAGAAAGGAGACCAUUCAAGGAAACCACCUGGUGUCAGCAAUCUUGGCAUGCACACAGAGUUUGCAAGUUCAUGGCCAGCUUUCAUGCAGUUCUGUGGAACAGCCAGUGAGAACUGCUCAUCACAAAACUCUAGAGCAGCGGUUCCAACCUUCUUAAUGCUGCAGCCCCUUCAUACAGUCCCUCACAUACAAUGCAGCCCCUCAACCAUAAAAUUAUUUUUGUUGCUACUUCGUAAUUCUAAUUUGACAGCUCUUAUGAGUUGUUAUAUUUAUCUGAUAUUUCUGAUGGUCUUAGUCUGCCCCUGUGAGAGGGCUGUUUGACUCCCAAAGGGAUUGAGACCAAACAGAUUGAGAACCACUGCCCUAGAGACCAUGCUGGCUUUAGUGGCACGUGCCUGUAAUCCUAGAAUUGAAGCGGUGAGGCCAGGAUGAUCGGGAGUUUGAGGUUAGCAUCAUCUACAUAGCCCAGAAAAGUCUGAGCUUCAUGAGAUUCUGUCUCAAAAAAAGUGUUUAAAGGUUAUGACAAGAUUAUUUUUUUAGGCAAGCACAUUGUGAGGUUAAAGUGUUGUGGGUUUUUUGUUUUUUGUUUUUUUUGGAAAUGUCAUUCUGUGUUAGUAUUUUAUAACUGCAUGAUACCCUAGAAAUGAUCACUUCAUAUUAUUUACAUAUACUUUGAAAAAGAAGAGGAAGAGGAGAAAAGCAUCAGAUGAGCAAUUAUGUCAUAUUUCUAUGUCAUUGUUUAUUUGAAAAACAUGAAUUCUAAAGCUGCCACAAACACAGCCACAGAGCAGUUUAAUAGCUGCUAACCAAAGAACUUUUUAAAAACCUGUAUUUUCUUUCUUUCUUUUCUUUCCUUUUUUUUUUUUUUUUUUUUUUUUGGUUUAGUUUUUCAAGACAGGGUUUCUCAGUGUAACCCUGACCCUCCUUGCUUUGUAGACCAGGCUAGCCUCUAACUCACAGAGAUCCAAGUGCUUCUGCCUUCCAAGUGCUGGAAUUAAGGACAUGUGACAUGUCAUCUGGCUUGAGCAUAUUUUUAUGUUAAAUUAAAAAUAAUAAUAAUGUUUGGGAGCUGGGUGAGAGAGCACAUGCCACAUGCUUCUUGUAACAUCUGGGAGGCUGAGGCAGGGGGAUUGUGAGUGGGAGACUGCCUGCAGGAAGCAGAGGGACUCCAUCUCUGAAUAAUAAUUAAUAAUAAUACUUAGCUCAAAUGGUUCUAUUUUUCAUAAGCCCAACCUUUUCUAAUGUGGUUUUUAACUUGAAAACGUGUCCUGCAGCUUACAUGGGGCCCUAGAGAGGCCUCUGCUGAGACUUCCAGUGCCGAGUCUCAAGCAUACCUAGGAAGAACGUGCUGAAAAGCUUCUGAGGGCCUGGAAAUUUUCUUUAAGUUCUAUAACAGUAACUCACAUAUAAUACAUACUCCCCCUUAUGCUCUCAGUUUCUCCCAAAAUGAUGACUGGCGACAAGGCUUUCCUGCUCAUUCCUUUUUCCAGACGGGAAACAAUUUCAAAGUGGCCAAAUGAGCUGGUUGUGUCGCAUGAAAUGUAGUUUCACCCGCCAUAAACCUUUAAAUCUUUGCACCUCCCUGAUUCUGAUAUGAACUCAAAUUUUCAUCCUAUCCCCAACUCCCCAGUGGUCACCAUUUCAAAGAGCCCACAGUAACUCUACUGGGCAUUUUCCCAGGUGUUUACAGACUGUGAGAAUGACAAAUAUCUUUUAUUUUGUGUGUAUAUAAAUAUAUAAAUAAUUGUAAAUGUCUUUUAGCCAAAUCUUCUGUGAUUGUCUCUAUGGAAUAUAUAUUUGUGUGUGUGUGUGUGUGUGUGUGUGUGUGUGUGUGUGUGUGUACAUGCAUGUGUCUUAGAAUGCCCUGUGUUUGUGCCAAAGCACACGUUGGGGGUGAAUUCUAGGUGAUUGUUCAUUAUGCAACCCACUCUGUUCCGUUUUUACACAUAAAAACCACAAGUGUCCAUACUUGUGACGUACUUACCAUUACAAAUUCUGGGAGGGAACAAGGCUCCAGUUAGGAUUUGUUAGGUUGGAUAUUUGACAAAGCAGUAUUCGGGGUCAUAGCAUUACCCCUGCUGAAGCAAAGAGCUUUAUACUUGGAAGUAUUACACCUUUCUCUUUAUUUCCUUGGGGUAGUUUUUUGUUCCUGUGUGUGUGUGUGGUUUUUUUACUGUUUGCACUGGGAAGUGAGCCCAGAACCUUGUAUAUGUUAGGCAGGUGCUCUGCCACUAACCUACAUCCCCAGCCAAGCAGUGUUUUGUUCUACUCCCUGACUAUGGCAAACCGGCAAGCUGCCUGAAGUUUCUGUCACAGGCCAUCAGAGAGAUUAUCAGUGAAAAGCUAGCUAGGCCAUCAGACAGAUUAUCGGUGAAAAGCUAGCUAUGUUAAAAUUUUUGCAUCAUAUUUUAUUACAUGUUAAAAAUGAAAUCAGGCUCCAGUUGUUUGAACUUCAGGACGGAGAAAUACUGUCUCUUCGCGUGUUAGAGGCCAGGUCCCACUGCGCCACUGGGUGUCACGCACACAUACAUGCCUCAAGGAAGACAUAGAUGCACACCGUUUUGCUUUGUCUUUUACAUAUGAAAUGGAUUUGUUAAAUUCAGAACAUCAUAGGUCUGAGUACAUAGGCUUCAGUGUGCAUUUUGUUUUUGGGCUGGUAACUUUAGCUCACUCAUACAAACAGUUCUAAUUUCUACCUGCCUUCACCACAUUUCCAACAAGUAACUUUGUAGAAAUGAGCCAGAAGCUAAGGGCCUGAGUUGGCAUGGCCCAUUAAACAGAAAAUAAAAGUUUA